AUGCCGUCCACUACCAAAGUCAUCAUCCUCGCCAACCCGCCCACUGGGGCCAUCCUCUCCGACACCUUCCUCGUCCAGAACCAAGACCUUCCGCCUCUCGAAGACGGCCAAGUCCUCCUGAAGGCUAUCGCACUCAACAACCUCCCCGCCCAGCGCACGUGGAUGGACAUUUACGUCCCGCCUAUCCUCAAAGGCGAAGUCGUGCGCGCACCCGGACUCGGGGAGGUCGUCGAAAGCAGGUCUGACCAGCUCAAGGUGGGGCAGCAGGUAUCGGCGUUUAUGGACUGGCGGGAGUACAAGGUGAUCACUCCAGAGGAGAUUAUGGGGGUCGCACCUCCCGGCUCUGGUUUCCUCGCUCUGACCGCCCUCGGCGUCAACGGCCUCACGGCCUGGGCGGGCGCGUUCCGCGAGAUGGACCUCAAACCCGAACAUACGCUCGUCGUUUCCGGCGCGGCCGGAUCGGUCGGGAGCUGCCUCGUCCAGAUCGCCAAGCACGUCGUAGGAUGCAAGCGCGUCGUCGGCAUAGCCUCCAAGGGCAAAUGCGACUGGGUCAAGUCUCUCGGGGCGGACGAGUGCGUCGACUACAAGUCCGCCUCGUUUGCCGAGGAUCUCAAGGCGGCCCUUCCGGAGGAAAGCGACUUUUUCUUUGACAAUGUCGGCGGGGAGGUCUUGGACGAGGUGUUGAAGCGGGUCAAGCGGUUUGGGCACAUCACCGUCUGCGGGGCUAUCUCUGGCUACCACGGCAAACCCCUUCAACUCACCAACUGGCGCGAGGUCAUCUAUAACCGCUAUACUAUCAGAGGCUAUAUCGUCACCGACUAUGCGAAAGACUUUGGGCAGGCGGUCGGAGAGCUCAUGCAGUGGGUGCAAGAGGGCGAGAUCAAGGUGGACAAGGAGACGGUGGUAGAGGCGAAGUUUGAGGAUAUUCCCAAGGUCUGGGGGAGGCUGUUUACGGGUGAGACUCAGGGGACGUUAGUGACGAAGCUGGUCUAG